AUGAGCUCUGCAAAUAUAACUCAGAAAAGCACUUUUCCAUUGCUGAUGCAAAAUUCAAAUGGAGCUCAGCUAAAUUAUAAUAAUUCCAGCCAUAUUGCCAAAGCAUCAAGAAGGAUCUACCCUUUAAACUUCAGUACCUGCCAGUCGAAACAAUACUCAAAUGCAUUUCGGUUUGCAGACCAAGGCGAGCCUCCAAAACCUAUCAAUGUCUCAAUGAAUUUAUCAAUAAAUUUGAACGAGCAAUCACCAAAAUCUAGGAAAAGCCCAGAUUCUCCCCAAAAAUCAUUUACCUAUGAAUGAAGUGAGCAGUCCUUGUCCAGUACAUUUAAAAAACCUAUUAAGGACGUCCCAAUCCUUAAGCAUAAAGAUUAUUUAAAAGAAGCAUAUAGGCCAGCCCGUGCAGAAAGGCUUUACAGUCCUAAUAAAAUUCAAAUAACGCCACGGUCAGCAAUAGUUCUCUAUACCUCCUCCCCUAUGAUUUCUGCUUCUUUAUCCCCCAAACGAGUCCAUACCCUUCUCAAACCUCUCCAAAAGCCACGUCCUCUUUCCAUAACCAAAGACCCAGCCUCCAAUAUCUCCCAAUAUUCCCCAAAACUCUCCAAAAUCGAUCACAGCAAACAAGUCGACCCUGCCUUAAACCUAGGUGAGAAAAUUAUGCGCUUACGAGCCUUAAUAAACGACCCUAAUCUCUACUAA